GGGGUCGGCGCCCGCGAAGUUAGACCUACCCGGGACCGUGUCGGACGGCGAGGUGACAGACCUCUGCGGGCCCCAGUGAUAAUGGCGGUGUUUCACGACGAGGUGGAGAUCGAGGACUUCCAAUAUGACGAGGACUCGGAGACGUAUUUCUACCCCUGCCCUUGUGGGGAUAACUUCUGCAUCACCAAGGAAGAUUUGGAGAAUGGAGAAGACGUGGCAACGUGUCCUAGCUGCUCUCUCAUUAUAAAAGUGAUUUAUGACAAAGAUCAGUUUAUGUGUGGAGAAACAGUACCAGCCCCUUCCACCAACAAAGAAUUAGUUAAAUGCUGAAGAAGACUUUAGGAAUCCAAAUCCUGAACAUUUGGGAAUGCGCCAAGCUGGAAAAAUCAAAUGCGUAGUUACUGGCUUCUUCAUGGGACAACCCUUUUGUAGUUUGCCCUUCUGUUAAAGUGUGGAUUCUUUCCAUCGGCUGCUGAGUUCAUCUCCAAUUAAAGAAUUAAGUCCACGACAUGACAUACCUGGGUUUUGUGCUUAGAACUUCGAAUUGGAAGUGCUCUUAAUUUUGCAUCUGGAUUUAAAGGAAGACAAUUUCAAAUCAGUACUUUCUUUCCUUCAGUUUUGUUAUUUUUACAUCUUAACACCUGCUUCAUUAUCUGAAAACAGCAUCAUCUACCUCAAAGUCAUUAGGAUUCCUUAAUAAAAUAAGGGAUUUUAUUUUUGAGUUGGUUAUUAAGAUUAUUAAAAUUAGCCCUUUCUUUGAAACUUGACAUCAACUUUGCUGUUCUAAACUUAAGAAAAUUAUUUGUCUUGUCAGUACUGCACUUUCAGUUCCCACAGCAAGCCGGUCUUCUCAGGCUGGCAUUGUUAGGAAGUUUGUGUUCUGGUAAGCGUGCUGUUUCCAUCAUACUUUGUGCACUGAGUUCUGGUCGUGGUAUUAAAGAGAAAAUAUACUGAGCUCACAAUUUUUGCAGAGCUGAAAGUUGGUGAGUAAGAAACAAAAGUCAAAAAGUGAAAUGGUCAAAGAAUAUGGCGUUACCUUAUCAGUAUUCUGCAUGUUCCUUAAAAAUCAGGACAAGAGAAAAAGAAAAACAGCCGAAGGAAGUGAAAUUGGUAACAGAA